AUGACCAUUGAAUACGAGAAUCCCGACAACAGCACCGUGAAGAGUACUAAGAUGUCACCAGAAUCCGAGCCAACCAAGAAGAAAAAGAAAAAGUCGGCCAAGAAGAAGCGCAAGGUCAGCAAGCACAUCCUGCAAGCCCAGAAGGAUCGGGAUGCCUUGGAAAAGGCACGGAAAACAGAUCCUGUUCCUGGCUCUACCGGCGAGGAUAACGAUGAUAACGACGAAGAAGUUGCUUCACCGCCAGAGAACAGCAACAAAGAGCAACAUCAUGUCAAGGAUGUCAAGGAAGCUGCUGGCUAUUUGACCAAUUGGAAGAAUUAUCGCGAACAAUGGAAAUUCAACAAGAAUACGCAAUCUUGGCUCUUCCGUCACAUGUACGAAUCUGACAAAGUCGCCAAAGGGGCAUUUACUCUGUUAUUGGAAUAUCUCCAAGGAUUGCAAGGCAAGGGCGCCAAACAACGGCUCUUGCAAGAUGCUACCCGUCGGGCUCUACGAUACAAACAAUACUCGGAACAACCAACUUCCAAAGUAAGCGACGAUGAUGACAAAGACACCACAAUCAAGUUUGCAGAGGAUACCAAAGAACCGGCUGUACAAGACAAGACCACGAAAAAAGUUGGGGCGGAUGCCACGGAGGAUGAGAAACGUUGGAAUGGUCUCGACGAUCACGAAAAACGAAAAGAAUACAAACGCGCCAGAAAAAUCUUGGAAACCCUACAGAGCAGUGAGGAGUGA